AUAUUUUAAGUUUUUUAACCAAAUUCUUCACGCUGUUUGACAACAAUCAUUUACUUCCUUGGCCAUGAAACAUUAAUAAGAGCAAGAGAAAAUUGUUUUAAAAAUGGACGAGGUUCCUUUAAUAUCAGUAAAAUGUGGAGGAAUUCUAAAAAAGCAAUCAGAUAAUUGUUGUCUUGCUAUACCAGAUAAAAACGAGCCAAGGUUGGAUUUUGUAUGUGAAGCUAAAGAUGGCGAAAUAUUGAAACUACAUUGCAGGAAUAUUACGGCGAUUGAUCUACGAGUAGAAGCGAAAUUUGGUUCAAUUGAUGCGAUGAAAGGCACCCUUUUGAUUGAAUGCUCGGUCGUAAAAACUAAACACCCGGUCAAUGAAUCAAUGAAUGAGGAUUUGGCUUUACUUUCAGGUAAUUCUGGUGAAAGUUGUCUUGUCCGGGCGAGUUUUCACGUAAACGAAACCGGAGCUAUUCGAGAUCUUCUUAGGAAGCUAAAAGGGAUUUAUACAAGCACAAAUUUGGAUGAAAAUACCAGUAUCAGACACCCAAAUGGCAGCUCUGAAACUUCCUCCCAAACUAACACCAAGCAUUUGAAGGAAGGCUUACCAAAGUGGGUUGAAUACAUACCACAUUUUCUGUACUCCAAACGAACCAGACAAUGCAUCCAAUUGGCGAUAUACGUCUACCUUGUGUUCUCGGUGAUGUGGGCGCUUUGGCAGCUCUAUCGCUAUGUUGAGUUUGUCAGAGAAUUCCUGCGACCCUUGAUUGACUUUCUCCAAUACCAAUACAGACUCCUGGACUAUGCGAUACGGUUCUUUAACACAAUUUUCGAGGAGUAUACUGUUCAAUGGCUUUGUUUCAUUAAACCACUUUAUACGGUUGCAUCGACGAUGGCUGCUCCAGUGUUGCAAACAGUUGCACAACUACGGCCAUUGUUGCAAAUUGUUGCACAAAGUGUUACCAGCAGUUGUGCGGUCAUGUGGCCAGUAGUGAAACCAAUAGCAAAUGUUGCUUACCAACUUGGAUACUUUUUAUUCGGCAUACUUCAAGGACUCAAGAACCUUGUGGGUAGGCUUUGGUUUCCAUUCGUCAAUGUUUCCAUACCAUCGAUAUUUGGUACAUAUUUCAGAGCAGUCAAACAAAUGCUAUUGACUUUAUGGCAAAGUCUGGGGCAGACCCAACUGGAUCCCUUAAGAGCUCAAUUACUGAUUGUAAGAGCUACAGUAAUUCAAAGUUGUAGGGCUCUGGGUUUUGGAGUGGCACGUUUAGCACAAAAGAUAAACCAAAUUAUUUGGUUGAGAAGAUCGGCAAGGGUCGAAAUGCGCUUUAAAAAGCAGGACUGAAACUAAGA